AUGGCCGCUGCCACCUCCAAUAUGGCUACUACCACAUUUAAAGCUGCGACCUAUAAUCCUAAUAUGCCACCUGAAUUGGCAGAAGACCUGCCACCGUCAGCUGGCAUGAUAAUUCAACUCAUUAAAGAUUUGAGAGUUGAUUUGAAAAAUGACUUUAAAAAUGACUUUGACGCAUUAUAUGGAGCCAUGGAGGGCAUUAAUCAGCGUACGGAAAUAAUAGAGAAUAGAUUGCACUUUCAAGAGCAAUCUCAUCUGGAUCUGGUUGAAACCGUAAAAGAGCUCCAAAAGCAAGUGCACCAACAAGCAGAAAAGCUCGCCGAAGCUGAGGAUAGAAGUAGGCGUAAUAACCUAAGGAUCAGGGGGAUCCCUGAUAAUAUCGAUUCCCAGGAAUUACAUAGCUAUUUCCAGACAAUGGUGAAGUCAGCUCUACCAAACGUAAAAAAUACGGAUUUAUUAUUGGAUCGCAUCCAUAGAUUGCCCAAACCCGGCAAUGCACCUCCAGCUGCACCCAAAGACGUGAUAGUUAUUCCACUACUACCACAUUAA